AUGGCCGGCCUCGCGCCAACACAACUAGGCAACCGGUUGCUGGACAGCUAUGUUGGUGGCUCAUAUGAGACGCUGCCGGAAGCAUCGAAAAGAUUGCUCUGCCAUUUCUCGAAGUUUGCUGUCUGGGGCGAACAUCCAGUGAGCCGUGAGCUCGAGUCGAGCGUGGUCCACAGGGCGUUCGAGAACCAAGGUUACAUGCACAUGUGCCUCAUGCUGUCUGCCUGCCAGUGGGCAUGGGUGAAGGGCUCCAUGGAUGAAGUGCGGGUGCCAUUUCUCUACCACAAGUCUGUCACGUACCAACUUGCAAGGGAGCGACUGUCAAAUGCCGACACGGCGCAUACGGGCGAGACUAUGCUGGCUAUUUCGGCACUGGCGCUGGCUGAAGGCGCGAUUGGAGACUUGGAUACAUCAUCCAAGCACCUAAAGGGCUUCAGACUAGCAAUGCGACACCACGACAUCCGUCCAUCGCUGGCCCAGAAGAUGUUCAAAAUGGCUGGGGAAGGACUGCGAGCAAGUAAAUCAGCAAAACUCGUCAACUUCCCUGACUACCGGCCAACUUUCAUGGCCCUUCUCUUCGCCUCGAUAUGGGAUAUAUCUGCACUGCCACCAACUGAAGCGCCCAAGUACGGUUGGUGGGAGGAAUCAGAUACACAAGCUGCUCGGUUAUGGCAGAAUCAUACCAAAGAUCUCGAGCUUGACUACGAGAUAUCCCGAGGUUUUGAUCCGAAUACCUGCAUGCCGCGCAUUCUGAACGGGGAUCCGAAAAGCAGCCGCACCUGCUUCAUUGCCACAUUCUUCUACCUUUUCUCCGAGGUGGGCAGUGGACAGAUGGACGCUGUUCUGGUAGACUGGUUGCUGGAGCAGCUGAUUGACGACCUGACUGUCAUGGAUGAGUGGCUUCUGGCAACUAGCUGGGGCGGCCCCCUCUGGUUCUGGUGUGUCUUGUUCGGAGCCGCUAUAGCCUCCUCAGGUCGGGCCGCCAGCCCAAGGGAGGAGAAGCAGUUGAGGAAGUGGGUUGAGGUUUACAACAGCCGGAUCGUGCAGAUCAGCCGAGCGCUAGUCAUUGAAACUUGGGAUAUGGCUCGUGCCGUUCUCCGAGGUUUCAUGCCAAUCCUCGAUCAUGAGAUGGAUCGCGAGCUGUACGAGAUCUGGCAAGGAGCGCAUGAACCCAUUGGCAACUGGUGGGGCGAGGCGACGACGCUCUCGACGAUGCCUCCGCGAAUGGACGAAGUGAAACCUGUAGAAUAA